AUGGCCACAAGCAGCACUGGCGCAAAUGUGACGUGUGAGGGCUUGUUCGCCUUCCACGAGACGACCCCGUCCAAGGACAUCCGCAAGUCCGCCGCCUACUACUCGCUCUUCAGAGUCUACCGCGAACUGCCGGGCAACGGGACGCCACUGCGCGCGCUCUCGCCCAUGCGGACGUCGCAGACGGCAGAGCCGGCGACUCCGACCUCCAUGCAGAUUUGGGGCUCUCACAUCCGCCGCAUGCAGGCGCAGUCGGUCUAUGCAGCUGCAACCUCGGACAAGGAGAACAGCACCCCGGCAAAGCCGCCGCCGUGCCCCUCGUUCACCUCGCCGGCAAAGCCGCUUGCCCCGCUCGCGGCGCCGGCCGCCCCGCUCGCUCCAAUCUUGGUCAACGCACCCGCCGAGCCGGCAGAUGCUCCUCAGUCGACCUAUCCAUCCAAAUCGCAUGCCCAUACGCUCGCUCCGCCUACUCCGCCCUCGUACGCCUUGGCCUAUGAGCAGUCGCUGCCGCACUACGGCGUCUCGUACGCGUCCCACUACUCGAUGGCCCACGCUCAGCCGAUGUACCAGCCCCCGGUCCAGCAGCACCACCCGCACCACCCGCAUCAGCAGCACCAGCAGGCGUACAAUCAGGGCUAUGGCUACUAUGGCCACCCUGCUGCCAUGGCUGCCGCGGCACAGGCUCAGGCCGCGGCACAGGCUCAGGCCGCAGCAAAGACCCAGGCCGCGGCACAGGCGCAGGCCGCGGCACAGGCGCAGGCUCACGCAAAGGCGCAAGCACACGCCCAGGCCCAGGCCCAGGUCGUCUUUGACAACUCGAUGGCCAAGCUCCAGAUGCAGCAGCAGCAGCGGCUCGCCCAGCUCCAGGCCCAGCAGCAGGAGCAGGAUCGCGAGCAGGACCGUGAGCAGCAGGAGCUCGACCAGCAGACCUCGCGGCCGUGUCGUUUCUUUGCCCGUGGCAACUGCAAGUGGGGCAACCAGUGCAUGUUUGCGCACGAUGCCGUGCUCGCCGGUUCCGACUCGGCGCCGCUUGCCGCCCUCCGCACCCUCGCCAGCGAGCCCGGUAAGAUCGCACAGCUCUCGCGCGAUAUUGUCGGCUGCAAGACCCUGCAGCAGGUGCUUGAGGCCUCAGGUUCCCCGGGCCUUGCCAUUCUGCUGCCCAUGGUCGAGCCCGAGUUUCCGGAGCUCAUGGGCCAUCCCGCCGGCAACUACCUCUGCCAAAAGGUGCUCGAGCUGGCCGAGCCGGCUAUCCGCCUUCGCCUCAUGCGUGCCACCCGCGGCGCGCUUGCCCGCUGCGCCAUGGAGACGCACGGGACGCGGACUGUGCAGAAGAUGGUUGAGACGGCAACAACCCGCGAGGAGAUCGACCUGCUCCGCGCCUCCUUUGAGAGCGUCGUGGUCGACCUCAUGACUUCGCCGCACGGCAACCACGUGCUGCAGCGCGUGCUCUCGCACUUUCCGCACCCCGACUCGGCAUGGGUCCACGCCGCCGCACACACACACCUGCUGCACGUCGGCCGGCAUCGCCAUGGCUGCUGUGUCAUCCAGCGCUCGCUCGACUACGGCACGCCCGAGCUGCGGACCUCACUCGCCGCCGCCGUCAUCGACGCUACCCUUGCUCUCGCCAAUGACCCGUAUGGCAACUACGUUGUCCAGUACGUCCUCGAUUCGGGCGAGCAGCGUCUCGCAGACGCCAUCGCCGCCCGCCUCCAGCCGGCCGUCGCAGACCUAGCCACACGCAAGUUUGCCUCCAACGUCAUCGAAAAGUCGCUCAAGGCCACCUCGCACCGCGGCCGUGCCAACCUCAUGGCCGGCCUCGUCUCCGGCUCCACACUCACCACCCUCAUCCACGACUCGUAUGGCAACUAUGUUAUCCAGACCGCUCUCUCGGUCAUGCGCGGCAAGAUGCGCGCGGCUCUCGUCUCGGCUCUCCGCGCCGUCGCCGACGAGCUGCAGGCCUCGCAGUAUGGCAAGCGGAUCGUGGCCAAGAUGAACGCGUAA